UUCAUAAAUUUUUAGGGUCGGUUUUGAGAAUCUCAAACUUUUGCGUUUAAUAGCUUCAAGAACAGAGGCACCAAAACGCAGAGCAGAAGCAAGCCCUAGCUCACGAAAUGGCCGAGAAAUUGGCACCGGAGAAGCGCCAUAGCUUCGUUCACAAUGGUCAGAAAGUGUUUGAAUGGGAUCAAACCCUAGAGGAGGUAAAUAUGUACAUAAGUUUACCCCUAAAUGUUCCUUCAAAGCAUUUUUUCUGCAAAAUUCAGUCGAAACACGUUGAAGUCGGCAUCAAAGGCAAUCCUCCGUACCUCAAUCAUGACCUUACUUGCCCGGUGAAGACGGACUGUUCUUUCUGGACACUAGAGGAUGAUAUAAUGCACAUAACACUGCAAAAGAGGGACAAAGGUCAGACAUGGGCAUCACCUAUAGUGGGCGAGGGUCAGCUCGAUCCUUACUCCACGGAUCUUGAACAGAAGCGCCUUAUGCUGCAGAGAUUUCAAGAAGAGAACCCGGGGUUUGAUUUCUCACACGCCCAGUUCACCGGAGGCUGCCCUGAUCCAAGGACCUUUAUGGGCGGUAUCCGCUCUGAUUGACGAGUUUGCUGCAUUAGUUACCUUUAUCUGGUUCUGACACCCCCGAUCCCGAUAUCCUUCAAACACCAGGAUGGGCACGUGCCAGGCGACACCCAAAGGUAACGAAUCCAUUUUAACAUGCAUGUUAGUUAUGAAGAAAAGAACAAACGAAACUAAAAUAUGUAACUUUAAAUAUAAUGAAAAUGUAGCCUCCGAAUCAAUUAAUACACGAGCCCAGCAGUCAAAAGCAAAUAACAUACCAGUGAUCACUCUAGGCUCCUGCUUUGCCUCCUACCGUGUCAAUAGCAUUUAAUGCGUCCUGCAACUUGUCCCGAAUUGCUACUACGACCUCUUUGAGUGCGAACACCUUGAUUACCCCGGCUGACACACCCGAUCCUAGAUAUCCAAUGACACUUGGAUGACAUGUGUUGGCCGCUACUCGAGAGUGACGAUAGCCAUGACUACAUGAAUUUGCGAGGACAAGAGGGAACAAGUAAUCCAAAAUCAUGCGACAAACAAUAAUCACAAAGAAUAUACAAACACUAAGAGGCAAUAACAGUACUCCAAAUUAAACAUGAACGAAACAAUGUCCAACGGCCACAAAUUCGAAAUAAAAAGAUGUACGAAUAUGUUCAGAGCAUACCACUAAACAGAAGUACAAGUGAAAGGUAAGACAUCAAGUUACAAUUAUUCAUAAAGAAAGUCAUACGCAAGUGGAAAAACGCGGGAUCAUUGGUAGGAAAUUGCCUUGAUGCUCGGGCCGUAUUCCUCGUCACUAUAUCCUAAAGGGGGCACAAAAAUAAAUGGUGAGUGGACCAUAAUUUAUAUUAAUACCAAUAAUAGUAAAAAUUGAUUUCUUUUUUAACAUAUUAACCUCUUGUUUUGAAAACGUAUAAUAUAAUACUACAUAGUAUGUUUUCUGAAAAAACCUUGCAUGCCAUGAAACCAUUGUAAAUUAUGUACGUAUAAAACAAUGCUCAAUAAUGGUGAUAUAGUUGCCCGAAGGCAAAUCCAUAAAACGUCCGUAAAUUACAUCAAUGAUGUACUUAACUAGGGGUAUCAUAGCCGCCCGAAAGCAUAACCAUCACUCGAAGGUGAAGUUGUACAACACUGGUUAUUAUGCCAGUGAAGAAAUAUAGUGGGUUCAUCACCUGAAGGUGAGGUUGUAUGACACUGGGUUACACCAGUGAAGAAAUAUAGUGGAUCUAUCACCCGAAUGUAAAGUUGUACGACACUAGGUUACGACAUUGAAGAAAUAUAGUGAGUCCAUCACUCGAAGGUGAAGCCGUACAACUCUGGGUUACGCCAGAGAAGAAACAUAUACAUAUAACAUAACACACCGACACUAGCCGUGGCUAGUGAAGUUGUCCGACACUGGUUUCGCCAGUGAAGUUGAGAGUAUGUCAUAAAUUUCAUCACUUGUGUCCUAUGACCAUAAGCGUCUAUAUACUUGUGAUGUGUGUAUGAUAGCCCACUAGAUACGCACCGAAAACGUAUCUCAAAAACUCAUAUAUCAAAUUAUCGGAGUCAAAAGCUCAGAGCUUCAUCUCAUAAUUCCAUAAACGUGAUUUCUAUAAACAUGCCAUUUUAUAAACCGUAAAUAGAUAAACCAUAAAUAUUUCAUAAAAGCAAUUUAAAUAAAUCAUAAAUUCUCCUUAAACCAUAAAUAUAGAAAUCCCUAAAAUAUAAUAUAAAACAUACUCAAUUCAUGAAACAUGAAAUGCAUGCAAGCUUAAUAUUUUAUAAAGACAUGCAAUUUGAGAAGGGGUUCACUAACAAAUAUUCCACUACUGGGGAACUGCUCGAACAAGGAAGGACGGUGUCGUUUCCAACCGACGCACCUAAAUCAAAUAGAGAACAUUUAAUAAAACUCUAUUAAAACGAUAGAAUUUGAGAAAAUGAAUAACGAAUUCGGAUUUGGCAUGUCGAAAAACCUAGGGAGAGACCUAAGGUUUUCCUCACGCACCACCACGGUGCUACGGCCCUGGAGGCCAUGUGCCAUCGCACGCACUGCCACACGUCGAGAUGAGUAAAAAAUUUAGUGGGAAACUACGAACGAUCCCAGCCACCUAUCGGCCAAUGAUAUGGAGCACUUUUCGGAGUAUCUUUUAAGAUUAUUUUUUGAGUCCUCAGUAUAAAGCAAGUACGAGACAAGAAUUCUAUACACUUCACCAAGGCAACAUGUCAGUGACAGAGCUUUAUUGUACUCAAGGGCGGAGCCAAGAUUUUUUUCUUGGGUGGGCUAGUUGAAAAUAGUACCAUAAAAUCAUAUGUUUAUUUUUUUGCUUAUAUAAAAUAUAUAAUAAUCAAUAUAAAAGAACAACAAUAUAAUAUAAACUAUUCUCAAAAUUAUAACCCUAACCGAUAAAUUCAAGGACCAUAUAAAUAAUUAACCUACUAAUUAAAUCAAGAACAAGUAAAUAAAGAGAUUAAGAACGUACCAAAGGUGACAUUCAUUGAAAAAUUGCAACGGAAAGUCAGGAAUUGCAGAGAUAGGGAUUUAAUUGUGUAUUUAAAGAACUUAUUAAUCUUUUCUUGAGUAAGAAGCACAGAGGCUAAAUUACAUAGGGUAAAUGGUCGUUUUCUUUAAAGAAUAGAGUAAAGGGGGACUGGAGAUAAAACUAAUUUAUAAUUUUUAGCAUAAAACUAUUAUUUAUUACCUCUCCUCUACUAAAUAUACAUUAAAUAAUAAUAUGUAUUGAAAUUGAGUAGGCUAUAAGCAUGAGUUUACAAAAGAAUAGAUCUAUUCACAAACCCAUUUUUACUUGCAACACAGCCUUAUUAAUAUUUUGUCAGUGAUCAUUUUCAAUUCAUUCGAUCUAAAGAACCGACAAUUAAGAGAAGUGUGUAAGAAGUAAAAAUAAGUACACAAAUAACACUACCCUUAUAGAAAACCUCCCUGGGCUACAACCCACCUUAGCCUUGUGGGUGGCUACGCCAUUGAUUGUACUUUUCGACGAUUGGUGAGACAUGUUCCCUCUGUUUAUGGGCACCCACAAGAAAUGAUGAACCAACUUGAGAUUGCUUUGAGCAUAAUUCCUAUGAGAGUAUGAUCAGAGCAGCUUUGAGAGUGAAGCAGUCACUUUCGAAUCGCAGCAAUCAGAAUCCGCUUCGGAAGUCAGUUUACUCGAGGUCGAGGUUGAUCUCGAAGCACCAGGGAAUGUUAUUCAUCUUCUACUAUUGGCCCUAGACACUCACUUUCAAGAGUCGUGGUCAGGGUUUAGGAUCUUAUAGUGAAAGAUCGGGUAAUGAGUCGUCGAGACAGUAUUUUAGUCAUUUCACACCAGCCGCUCCGAUUUGUAUGCGCUGUGGUAGAUGUCAUUAGGGAGAUUGUGUUGUAGGGAGUGAUUCAUGCUUUAGGUGUGGAGGCACUGGACACUAUGCUCAUGAUUGUCUUAUUGGUCGACCAGCAGAGUAUUGUAUCUGGUUCGGGUUAUGGAGGAGGUAGUAGCUCGGGUACUUAGAAUCAAAGCCAAGAACAUCAUAAGAGUUCAUAAAUAGCUUAUAGCAGUCUUGCUCAAGGUAACCGUGCAGGCUGGGGUAAUCAGGGUAUUCGCACUCGAGGAGGUCGUAGUAGCAGUUCGGGACAACAAGUUAAAGGACAUAUUAAUGCUAUGACACACUAGGAGGCAGAGCAGGACCCCAAAUUGAUCACUGGUAUGUUAUUGCUUUUGACCGUUGGGCUUAUGUUUUAAUUGAUCCGGGGGCUACAUUUUCAUUAUAUUUAACCUUACAUAUUUUAAUUACGUCCAUUCUUUUCUUCAUAACUUACAUGCAUGUUAAAAUUGCUUCGUCAUCUUCGGGUGUCGGCCGGCACGUGCCCACCCUAGUGUCUGGAGGAUAUCAGAAUCGGGCCGUGUUAGGUUCUAAAAUAAAGAUGAACUGGUCAGGUUUCAAAAUCAUGUACCUUUCUAUAAAGCGACCACAGAAACAAAAAAUGUAACACCGUUUCUUUGAAUCAAUUUAAAAGAGUGGCCUGAAAAGGAUGUAGGCCGCUUUAUUUUAUUUGGGUCUUGCAAUUUGUAAUAUAAUAUGCCAUUUUAGAGGGUUGUAAAUGAAAUGGAAUCACAUUCCCAGGCA